CUUGCGAUCAAUUCUAGUUUGGGAUUCCCUCGUGAAGAGAUGGUAGUUUGUACCCACAGAAAUGGCGAAAGUUCUGCCCAAAAAGUGAAGAAAUUAUGAACAAGUUCAAAGUUCCAGAACUGAGGUUGAGCUGAGCUGCUAGCUAGCUGAGUGGUCUUCGUGUUGACAUGUAUGACAUCAUGUGGACUGUGUUUUUAAUUAUUGCACCAACACAAAAAUGAGGGCGCUAUGCUGGUUUAACGGUGGUAUUUUGUUUGCCGGUGAAAAAUUAAACACUAAACUUGAGCCUCCAGCAAAAGUGUUCGUCAAAAACCAUAUACAAACGUCAUUCAAUAUGCAGUCACCUUUCGGCGACUGGAAAAGACCAAAAAACACAAACAACAACAAAAACAAAUGAAUAUUCAUUUCAGGUGAUCAAAAUUGUUGACAUUUAAUUACAAGCCAUCCAAAUGGAGUGGUCCCGAAAAUGCUGUCAAGUGAAAAUUCUUUGUAAGACGAAAUGCCGUAACUUGACGGUAGUUGACGAAAAUUUGCGGGGAAAAUAUAAACGCACUUUGACGACCGGCGGCGGUCUGGUACAAAGUUCAAAGUUGAACAUCAUCAUGGCGGACUCCAGUAAUCAACGCAACGAGGCGACGAAUGGAGGCCAGAUUGCGAUGGAACUGAACUGUUUAAAAGGCGACUGGGGUAUACCUUCUGUAGACAGAAAGUGCCUGAAUAUUUUGACAUAUGGACAGUUUGCAGGUGCAUCCCUGAAAGUAAACAAGAAUGGAAAUUUGUGGAGAAAUCCGUCAGGCCAUUUCCCAGUUUUCCGAGCUGCCCAAGAGGUCCUGAAGUCAGACACUCAAGUUAUAAAGUACUUCCAAGACAACCAGUUGGAUCUAGAUGAGGAAUUGACGGACCAACAGAGGGCAGAUGUCCUGGCGUUUCAGGCAUUGAUGGAAGAGAAAUUUCUACCUGGAUUGCUUCAUGUGUGGUGGAUAGAUGCUAAAAACUAUGUCGAGUUUACGAGGCCUUGGUACGCAAAAGCUCUCCAAUUCCCUUUGAAUUACUUCAUCCCUGGACGAUGGCAUCGAGAAGCGGAGCUAAGAGUGGAGGAGACAAGGGGAGGCAGCCACAUGGAGCCACAAGAAGUCACUAACAGAGUAUGCAGUGAUGCUAAGGAAUGUUUGAAUCUUCUCUCUGUCAGACUUGGAGAAGAAGACUUCUUCUUUGGUAAAGUACCUACAUCUUUAGAUGCUUUGAUAUUUAGCUACAUUGCUCCAUUACUACGAGCACCACUCCCUAGCAACCAACUUCAGAUGCAUCUUAAAGGAGCAGACAACCUUUGUAGCUUCUGCUCUCGUAUCUUGUUGAGGUACUUCCCUGAGGAACCCCAAGGUACCCAGCAAUCUACCCCCAAGACGUCAACGGACGAUUCCUUUGACGACCCGCACAAGAGACGCAAUCAGGUGCUGGCUGCUCUAUUUGCAUUGACAGCCAUGGUUAGCUAUGCACUCAUGAAUGGUCUGGUCAGAUUACAGAUAACGGACUCUAGUGAUGGAGGAAUCGAACUUGAAUAUGAAGAGGAAGACGAUAAACCAAAUUAGAAUAUGGAGACGAAAAACAUUUGACACAACCCUAACCCACGAUCUAUCCCAAGGUUUUGUUUGAGAUAGAUCCUGUACCCAAAACCACCUGAAUAUUGAGACAAGGUACACCAACUGCCUUAUACCUUAUGGAGGGUAAGGCCGUGUCAGAAACGGCGACUUCGGCUACAGCUACGGCUAGAUCGCGCGCGUCUGCCUAUUCUUCAACACUGACAGACGCGCUGAUCUAGACGUAGCUGUAGCCGAAGUCGUCGUUUCGGACACGGUCUUACUGUCAGCUAAAAGUGCUUCCAUUUGUGAGCAUAAAGAGAUUUUAGAUAAAACUGUAACAAGUUGCUUUCAAAUUGCAACCUAUCAUAAAACUAAACAGCUUUUAAAAGGUGUACUUGUCUUGAGCAAUUCAGUGUAUAAAACUCUGACUUUUGACCGGCUGUAAGCAACAACUGUUGCUGUCAUUUGCCAGUGAUGGCCAAUUCAACCGAAACAAUUAUUGGUCACGACCGCGAACAUUAUAUUGACAAUUUAUUCUUAAAUAAGCUUAUAAACUAGGACCCUGCUACUGUCAGUGAGUUGUCCCGCCCAACUACCUCUCGCCAUGAAGUCCAAGAGGAUAAAACUUGAAUGAAAAAUGUAAUAAUUUUGAGGACGUGUAUUUGGACGAAAAACAUUUGUGUUUUUUUUUCUUUCUAAUUGAUAAUUCUGUUAAAACGCAUAGCAAGACGUCCCAUCUGGGCCAGAUAAAUGUAUACUUCUCAUGUUGUGUUUCCUGAACAUUAAAACAAAUUUGGAAUCAAAUUUCAAAUUAAUUUAAUAUCAAA